AUGGCUGCGAGCGAUGGGCCACCAACCAAGAUCUGCAGAAAAGACUGGGAGGAUGUCAUUCUAGCCAAAGGAAGUUAUGAAAACACCUUGCCAGACCAUGCAAUGCCGUUUGUGAACAGAGCGACAGAGCUGUUUGCAUUCAUCGAAGAGAAUAUCAAGGCAAUCCGGCAACUGAGCAUCUCGACCCAUGUCACGGACUAUCGGAAGAUGAAGGUGUGCUUUGCUGCACAGAUGUUUGGCGCUGGCAAGACAAUGUUGGGCUGCAGCCUUGUUUCCCAGCUGCAGUUGGCCGAAUCUGCUUUGCAGGCCCACCUGAAGGCCUUUUUGGAUAAAGAGAAGGCUAAGGGGGAAGAUGGAAGAACAUUUGCUGAUUUCUUCAUCCAAGAAGGUAUAUCAGAUGUGGCCGUUGUGUUGUUUAUAGUGGCCCGAGUUGCGAACACGGACAUGCCCCAGCAAACCGAUGUUGCUGAAGGAAUUGCGGAUGUGCUCAUGAAGGCGGCGGAAAUCACUCAGAAACCACUUUUUGUGCACUUGGAUGAAAUUGGGGGGUUCAUCUCAGCGGAUGCCCGGAAGCUACGUGAUGGAGUGGUUCGCACGUGGACACGAAUGAACCAGGAAGCUGUGAGGGGCCAGGUUAUGCCCCGAAUCUAUUUUUAUCUUUCUGGUAAAGGCGUGCCGCUUUUGGAUUUGGGCAGUCCCAUUUCUCCUGUUGGCAUCAGGUGGAUCAUACUGGACAAGCUCCAUGAGCAACACGUUGGUGUCAUUAGAAAAGCACUGCUGAGUGAAGUUGAUUGCUGCGAAGAGAUUGAUGGCUUGUUAUGCCAAUGGACUGGUGGUGCUCCGCGGCUGCUGCUGUACACUCUUCGUUAUUUGUUUUCCUGGAAACCAAACUUGAGCACUGCACACGAUGUUGAUGUGGCCAUGCAGGACGCCUAUGCCUGCUUCAAGAACAUGGACCUGGUCGCCAGAGACGUUUUCUUCCCAGCUGGAGCCAACCCAGACGCCACGGCCUUGAGAGAUGCUUGGCUCCAGCUCCUGGUGCUUGCGCAGCUCAAGGUGCCCAUCCAAAUGAGCACAGAGAUUGUAGCUCGAAACAAGAAGUACUCUGUCGAAAAGCUAUUGAUUUCCGGGCACCGCUUUUUUGGUGACUCUGCCGGAGCAGGGCUCAGUGCUGAUGAUGUGCUUGAGCGUUUGGUGGAGCAUCGCAUCAUUGUCCAAGCCUGCCUGGCUGACAAGAUGACAUGGGAAACGCUCCUGUCUCCGCUGCUUUUCGAAUCCAAGCGUGCAGGUAAACGCGUCCAGUUGGACAAACAUGCUCCAAUCAAGUGGAUGCCAGCAGCAACGGCAGCAUCCAAGACAACUGUCACCAACGAAGACACCGAGGAGCAGAUUUUGCAGAGACCGACUAUUCCUUCACAAAGCCUCACCAAGGUGGCGAAGUCCAUUGAGGACACCGAAGUCUCCUUGCUGUUCAUCGCGCUGGCUCUUGGCGGGGAGCUGUCUAGCUGUGUUGGGUCUGGAUCGCUAUGCCUGACUGCUGGCACCUACUGCAUCUCAACGAAAGGGCUCUUGCUGUUCCGGCCAACGAAAUCUAAAAAAUGGACACAUCAAUGUUGCCAUGGUAUUUGGAACACAUUCGAUGGCAACAGUCAGACUGGAGACAAGAGAUGCUUGCAAGUCAGACCUGCCUUGGAGGUCAUCGUUGCUAGUGCCCAGGCCGUUGAAAGAUUCCUCGGACCUGAUGAUUUCAACACUGUGACAAGAUUGGCUGCUAGUGGCAAGGAGAGGUCACAGAAGAUCUCCAGCCCUUUCAUCUUGCGCUUCUUUGGCUUCGAGGUGGAUAUUGCCACGGAAGGCCCAUCUGCCGGACCUGCAGGCACAAGAGUUGCAAGGUUUGAGACCGUUGCUCCAGGUGCUAAGACAUCUGAGCCCGUCGUCUGGGCGCGGGAGCUGGCCCGGCUUGGUGGGGGCGCGGGGCGUGGGGGAGGGGUUGGGCUCCGGAUUGCUGGAGUGUUUCUGAGCGUCGACAGGGCAGAGUAUGCGGCGGAGGAUGGGAUUGUCACCGCCAAGCUGAGGCCCAAGGAGGAUUCCGAUUGCCGGUCGUUUUGGAGCAGCGCCUCUGCGCAGAUAAGGUCUCGUCAAGAGGGCGAGGAUAAGCUGGAGCGGGCGUUUCAGGUUUCCCCAAAGGCCAUCUUCGCUGCGCUAUGUGAAGUGGAGUUGUCGAUCGCAUGUCAGCAGGACCACCCAGACUCGAGACUGAAUAAUGUGGACGACUUGGCGACAGACCCGGCCAUCAAGCAGACGAACCCCGUCAGUCUCAGGGACAUCGAUGCAAGGCAUAUCGACAUCUACCUGUACUCACAAGAAGCUGGAGAGUGGCAACUCGUCGAAGACGAAUCGGAAGUCCUGCGUCGGGACACCACCAGGCAAGAUUGCUACGGCUUUUUGCCGCAACGGGCAACCUGA